GUUGGUUAUGUUUCAGUAUAAUCCUGCUAAGUUGAGCAUCCGACUCGAUGGAGGAGGACCGACCUCUCAGUGAAUCAGGAAAGGCUCCUGGCGCAGGGAACACACAGCCUCCCUUCAACAUGAACCAUUAUGCUACUAAGAAGAGUGCAGCACAGAGCAUGUUGGAUGUGGCUCUUCUGAUGGCGAACUCCUCUCAGCUGAAGACAGUGCUGCAUUCAGGAGCGCAGCACCGCUUCUAUGCUCCUCUUAUCGCUCUGCUCUCACUGUCCAUCUCACUGCAGGUCGCUGUUGGCCUCCUACUCAUCUUCAUUGUGAAGUAUGACCUGAAUGAUGUUAAGAUACAGCCGAGGCUACACACAAUGAAUGACGCAGCAACUGUAUUUGUGUUCUUUACUGUUCUUAUCAACAUCUUCAUCACAGCAUUGGGAUUUGAGUCUGGAGGGGGCAGCGUACUAUUUGAAACUGCACUCGCUCAGACCAGAUCUUUAAACUUCACUGAAGAUGUAUAAGCACAUAAGAAUUGGCACUCAACUUGCCUUUUGUGUCAUCAACAUGUAUUUCCCGAACAAAUUACUGGACAUUGUCUUCCAUAUCAUAUCUAAGCAAAAUAUCUCAUGUGAUAUUUUGUAAUGUUUAGACAGCACAUUUGAACAAACUAUGAAUUUGUCAUUUUCUCAGCUUAUGUGAAAGGCAGCAGGCAUUAAGGACACCUUUUUAUUUAAGGAACACAAUAGAGGUUAUAGUCAAAUGUUUGUGAAUUUGUUUUGGUUAUUGCAUCUUUAAAGCAGCACUACUGAAAACCUCAUUGAGAUAAAACGUAUUUUUGUCCAGAAAUAUUUCGAAUAAUUUAAUCAAGCUAUUUCAUACAGUACAUUUGACAUUUGAUUUGUUCCAGCAAAAUAUUUGGGAUGUAUUGAUAAACCAGUUUGCAUAUUAUCUAAGAUGAAGAAGUAAAAACCGUACAUAUACCUGAAAUAUCCUCCUGUACUGACCACCAGGGAAAAAAAGCCAUGACAUUGUCAUUUCAUGUCAU